AUGAAUACCAGAUCCAAUUUGGAUUUAAGCCGAACUCACGUUUCCGAAUUACAAUAUACAUCUCGUCGACAACCCAAAAGUAUAUUAACUCCUACAUCUAGUUCUAUUAUAACUACGACUACAACACAAUCUGCUGUUCAAUCUCAUGUCGAUAUUAAAUUACAAGAGACUGAUGCUUCACCAGUUGCCCUCAAGAACUUUGAUCUAUUACGCGAAUAUGAAAAUCAACGUUUAAGUGUUAUUAAAAUGUUAACACUCGAAGAAAUGAUGAACGUUGAUCAGUGGUUAUUAAGUUUAUAUAACACCUAUGAAGAAUUACGUUAUCCAUCAUGGUCCCGUGUAUCUGCUGCUAUACGCUAUUUUCAAGAAGAAGAACAACAAUGGUUUCAACAUUCCCAACAUGAAAUCAAUAAUGAUUGGCCUUGCUUUUGUAUGAAAUUAAAACAACAUAUUCAUCAUCGCCUACAAUCUUAUAAUGUUACUCCUGUUACAGAUAAAUCUAUUUCAUUUAUUAAUGAAUCAAAUCAAUUCAGACAAUUUAUUAACAAUAACUUCAUCGAAUACGCUGGUAAAGGUUAUGCCAACCAGUGGUUAUUGGAAACAGUUAAUAAAUUUCGAGAUUAUCAAUUAUCUGAACCUGAUCAACUUCAAAUUAUACCGUUAUUAUUGGAAGAUACAGCACUUAUUUGGUAUAAAGAGAAUGAAAAAUUAAUUAUUAGUAUUGAAAAAUUUCGUGAAUUAUUUCUUCAACAUUUUACAACCAUCUAUCCUAACUUCAUUAUGACUAAUUCAACACUUUCUUCUGAAUUAUCUCUUACAAUGGCUCGUGAAAUUAUUCAUACACCUAUUUAUUUUUCUGGUUUUAAGGAUGAUGUUAUUGAUUGGCUUGAAAAAAUUGAACAACGAUUUCGAAUGGCAAAUUGGGAUGAUGACAAUAAAUUACGAUAUAUUUCCAUACAUUUGCAAGAUGAUGCCUAUAAAUGGUGGAUCCAAGCAUCAAAAAGAAUUUCGACGUGGUCUGAUUUUGUUAAAGAUAUUACUCAAGCAUUUACAUCAGCCAAAUUGAAAGAAAUAGCAUUUGAACAAUUACGAUAG